AUGUCUAUAUAUCUCUUCAUCCUUGAGCCAUACUAUAAUAUAUCCCUUUAUUUCUUUAAAGCAUCUCUCUCGUAUAGUUUUUUUUUUGGCCGAUUGAACAUAACUCUUUGGCAUAAGGGCAUUUUGUGUCGACUCUCUGGGCGUUUCGUUCCCAGGCGAGCUUAUGUUUCUUUAUUCUGGACCUACAAGAGAGAACGCACGAAUUAUCUCUUGUACUGUGUUUUACGGUCUUUAUUGUCGUAUAUCAUUGGCAGUUUCCUGCGCAAGUGUCCAGACGAGUUGGUUGUGGUUAUGCGCAAUGUGGUGCGGAAAAUAUACAUUAUAAACAAACUCUUGCUAAACAAGAUCCUAGCACAGUUUUUGCGGUUUAUGAGUAGUAUAUUUUUAUUCACAGCUAUUUCCGUUUAUCUGUUCUCAGAUAGGAUCAGCUUUCUUUAUUCUGGACCUACAAGAGAGAAUGCACGAAUGAUUUCUUGUAUUGUGUUUUACGGUCUUUAUUGCCGUAUUUUACUGGCAGUUUCUUGCGCAAGUGUCCAGACGAGCUGGUUGUGGCAGUGUGCGAUGCGGUGUGGAAACCGUUGA